GGGACCAACGUGUCCCCCGAUUUCUUCUCUUCCUCCUCCUCUUCUUCUUCUUCCGUCGAUUCACUUCGCCGGAGUACAGCGCUGAGAGACGUUUUCGCUUCGGAUUCGACGUCGGAGGAUCGCCGGCUACGGAUUCGGAUGGCCACGAAUGGCGGUGGAGGUGUACAGAGAGAGGCGGAGGCGGCGGUGGGUGGGCGGAAUCUGGUCUAUGUCUGGGGCUACCUCCCCGGAGCUUCGGUUGAGAAGUCGCCGAUUGCAGCUCCGGUGGAAAUCCGGCUUGGUGGAGGCGAUUCCUGGAAGGACGUCUGCGGCGGUGGCUGUGGAUUCGCCAUGGCAAUUUCAGAGUCGGGAAAGUUGAUAACAUGGGGUUCGGCAGAUGAUGAAGGUCAAAGCUACGUAGCUUCAGGAAAGCAUGGGGAAAUUCCAGAGCCCUUUCCUCUUCCAACGGAGGCGUCAAUCGUGAGGGCUGCUGCUGGUUGGGCCCAUUGUGUUUCUGUUACAGAGGCAGGUGAAAUAUACACUUGGGGUUGGAAAGAGUGCGUUCCUUCUAGCAAAGCUGUCUCCGAUAUGGCUUUUGGAGGAGGCUCCCAAAAGGACACGAGUGGAAGACAAAGCUCUACAGCGACUGAACAAGUGAGCCCCAAGUCUCAAAGCUCAAAUUCAGCGCAGGCCAGUGACAAGAAGGCAGGAGAGGAAAUCUCCAAGCGAAGGAAAACAUCAUCUACUAAGCAAGAACUUGAGAGUAUGGCUCCUGGAGAUGAAACGUUUACAUUGCCACCUUGUUUAGUGAACCUGGGUCCUGGUGUGAGGAUUAGUACGGUUGCUGCUGGAGGACGCCACACCUUAGCAUUGUCAGAUAUGGGGCAGGUUUGGGGUUGGGGCUAUGGUGGUGAAGGACAGCUAGGUUUGGGAUCUCGGAUAAAAAUGGUUUCCUCUCCCCAUCUUAUACCUUGCAUUCAGCCCCCUAGCCUCAGAAAGGAUGGAACCUUAAUAGGUAACAAUGGUAGCAUAAGCUCAGCAAUGCAAAUGUCAAAAGCCCCUGGAAGCUGUGUGAAGCAAAUUGCUUGUGGAGGUCGGCAUAGUGCAGUUCUAACAGAUUCUGGAGCAUUGCAUACAUUUGGAUGGGGACUUUAUGGACAGUGUGGACACGGGAAUACAAAUGAUCAACUAAGACCAACAUGUGUGUCUUCCUUAGUGGGAAAUGCAAUUGGGGGUAUUGCUGCCGGUUUGUGGCAUACUUUGUGCGUCACUGUUGAUGGACAUGUGUACACCUUUGGUGGGAAUCAGUUUGGACAACUCGGAACAGGAACGGAACAUGCAGAGACCGUACCGAGGCUUCUGGACUGUCCUGGUCUGAAAGAGAAGCACGUGAAGAUGGUGUCAUCUGGAGCCCGCCAUAAUGCAGUGCUAACAGAUGAUGGUCAAGUUUUUAGCUGGGGAUGGAACAAAUAUGGGCAGUUGGGUUUGGGCGACACCAUCGACCGAAAUAUCCCUUCCCGAGUUUCCUUUGAGGGCUUUGUUCCGAAAAACAUUGCCUGUGGCUGGUGGCACACUCUAUUGCUGGCUGAGGAACCUUGAGGCAGAGGCUUUUGAAACGCCAUUGAUUGAUGCUGCGAAGGACGAGCAACAGUUUUGGUAGAUAGCGGUUCCUCUUGCUCUUGACCUGGUGGAGCAGUUCCUUGAUGUACAUUGUGUAACUUUGUCCAGCAUAAUGUACAGAAGAAAUAUUUCCCGGUCCUCGGGAGCCACUUUCAGCAAUUACCCUGAAUGAUUCUGUAGGGCUUUUCUGUACGUAAGGUUUUAGAUUGCAGCUGGUGCUCGUAUCAGUACGGAGCACAUUGUCGGUUGGACAGUUUCAUUUCUUUGCAGUGAGAGACUCGACAGUGCUUGUUUCACUGUAUCAUUUCUUCCGGGUUCCCCGUAAUGUAAACUUUUUCAGACUGCAA